UUAUUAUCUUUUUCUUCCGCUUACCCUCCCCGGAAGAUGCUCCUCCCCCUUUUAACCUACAUUGCUUAGGCACUUUCUUUCCUGUUUACUCCAUUUAAAUUAAGGAGAGUGAGGGCACACAUGGACGCUGCUGAUGUUGACAACAUGUGGACAUUUUUUCAACUAAUAUCUGAAUCGUGAAGGAUUCACGGGUCACAUAUGGAUACAGUUGGUGGUGACAACUGGCGGAGACGCACGAGGAGCGCGCGAGCCUGCUGCAGGCAACAAACCGGAGGACGAGCUGACGAAUCCAAUGUGCUGCGGUGUCUCAGCGUGGGAAACACGGAAGAAGACCAUGACAUGAAGGGGGACACCGGCCUCUUCAAGGAGGACAACCUGGAGCAGAGAGUCAUGGCGCCCCGCUACAGCCUACUGCGGGAGGUAGGAAGGGGCACGUACGGAGUGGUGUACGAAGCGGUGGCUCGGAGGUCCGGUGCUAGAGUUGCUGUGAAGAAACUGCGAUGUGACGCGCCGGAAAAUGUGGAGCUCGCUUUGCAGGAGUUCUGGGCGCUGGCAAGUCUGGAGAAACGACAUCAGAAUGUGGUGCAACUUGAAGAAUGUGUGCUGCAGAGGAACGGUAUGGCCCAGAAAAUGAGCCAUGGGAACAAACGGUCCAAGCAGUACCUGCGUUUGGUGGAGACGUCGCUAAAAGGUGAGAGAGUGCUCGGUCCUCCACAGGAGCCUUGUUACCUCUGGUUUGUCAUGGAGUUCUGUGAAGGUGGUGACCUUAACCAGUUCAUCCUGUCUCGGCGGCCGGACUCGCAAACCAACAACAGCUUCAUGCUCCAGUUGACCAGUGCUGUUGCUUUCCUGCACGAAAACAACAUUGUCCAUAGAGACCUCAAACCUGACAACAUCCUCAUCUCUGAGAAGUCAGGGGCUCCAGUUCUUAAGGUGGCCGACUUUGGCCUGAGUAAAGUUUGUGCGGGCUUAGGAGACACCAAUGAGGGCAAAGAAGGUGAAGACAAGAACAAAAAUAUCAAUGUCAACAAGUUUUGGUUGUCAUCGGCGUGUGGCUCAGACUUCUUUAUGGCUCCAGAGGUGUGGGAGGGCCACUACACUGCCAAGGCUGACAUAUUUGCUCUUGGGAUCAUCAUCUGGGCCAUGCUGGAGAGAAUUACUUUCAUUGAUGCUGAGUCUAAGCGGGAGCUGCUGGGUACAUAUGUAAGACAAGGAGCAGACAUUGUGCCAGUGGGUGAGGCACUCCUAGAGAACCCAAAGAUGGUACUGAACAUCCCACAAAAACGUAGGUCGUGCAUGUCUGAUGGAGUGAAGAAGCUGCUGCAGGACAUGCUCGCCGUCAACCCUCAGGACCGGCCCAAUGCUUCUGAGCUACAGGCCAGAAUGGACCAGGUUAUGUGUGCUGCGUGACCCUUGACCAGGUUGUUUUACAGACGUGUGUUUCUACCUGGAGCUGCUACAUCAGUGAGGGUCUCCGUGUUUUAAUCUGAAGACUGUGAAGAUAAGGGAGAAUCAAAGGAAAGCAAGUUACUCCUGACGUUUGGAUGCUGAAAUGGAGUUUUUGUUGUAUUUGAACUUGUUUACAGUGAAGUCAUCUGCCAAUUCAGACAGAAUGUUUGUCUUUCCCUGAAUAUUACAGUAAAACAGGAAUACGUGUUAAUGGGAAGCUUAAUUAAUCUGACAUAGCCAUGCCUCCUUCAAAGGAUAGAGGUAUGAAGAAAUUCCCAACAGAAAAAUGAGGGACAGUAAAGGACAGUGCAGUGUUUGAAGCUAAAUUUAAGCUAAGCUGCAGUAUAAGUUGAUAUAUGUGUGUUCACAGGGUUGAUCAUCUCCAGGUUUUAUUUAAUGAAAACACUGACAUCGGAUCACACUGCUUCUUGACACCUCUCGCUUCAUGUGGUGGAGUUUCUCUUAUUUUGUCUGAAACCUCAGUGACGUUUGGUCAGAUGUUUUACUUUGUUGACAGUUGAGGUGGUGUGCCACACGCUUGCCUGUUUUGUGUUGGUGUACUUCCUGUCGUUUGCCUGUUGUUACACAGGAGCUAGGAGACAUCUUUGCCAUGUGUUUGCCCCAGGGAGAUUUGACAGCUUUAUGUUGUGAUGGAAAACAGUGUCGCCAUUGUUGUUGGGUUUAAAUUUCUUCAGACAUCUGUUUGUUUACUCUGAGGUAUGCCACACAGGAGUCAGGGUUAGUUAUUAGGAUUGGGCUAUGUCUGUAAAAUCCUUUGUUACUCCAUCAAUAUACAUCAUGAUAUGGUCAAUUUUCCAGAAACUCAUUGAGACUGUAUAAUUUUUCUAGCCUUAUAAAAAUGAAAUAAAAUAUCCUGUAAAUUCAGUACUGUCCUAAAGUAGUCAUGCAUGUUGAUUCACAGCAUUGCCCACAAUGUCCUGAUGUAUCCAAAGCUUUUAAAGUGAUGGUUACCCCAUAUAAACAGUAGAAGAGAAUUUAUAGUUGACAAAUGUCCGCAGCCUCACACUUCCAACCCUGAUGGUAGUGUGAGACUGCAGAUUGGAUGUUUCUAGGUAUUUUUUUAUUUUUACUUUCGUUUUGUACUGUCUCUUUAUGGAAAGUCAGUUGCACCAAAAAUCUGUCAAAACCUGUCCUGUCCGCACAGUGCCACCCUUUACUUCCAUAGCCAUUUUAUAGUACUUCAUGGCCCCUCCAAGGUUCACAUCAGUGGUCCCUCCAUUUAAUGCUCUAGUAGAUCUCAAAUCAUUAUUUAAAAGUAGGCAGCAAACCAGGUUUCACUGAUGAUCUUUUUCACUCAGUAGUUUGAGUUCCUCGUGGACAUGUGUGAUAUGAUUUUUGCUGCCAUGAAUGCGAAAGCUGGGAAAUCCCAAGACAACUUUAAGCAGAAUUGAAUUUUGGUUGGUUUAGUUGUUUGUUUUUUGAGAAAAAGUCAAUGUAUGAUUUUUAACACUCGGGACAAAAAGAAAUGUGAAAACAUCCCAGUUAAAACUAAACUAUGUUGAAAAGAAAAGCAGAAACAUGUUCCAUACUCAACACACUUGUACUAGUGUUACUUUUAAUGAGUAUAUCUGGAGACAUGUAAGCUUUUCACAUGCCCCGUGUUUAAUCUAAUUCCUUGUACCUAUGGUGCCUUGAAAUUGCUUGUCAGAUAAAAUGUGGCUCAAGAUCAGCUGCUGUGUUUUGUUUUUUUUUUGAUUUGGCACUCCAAAUCCAUCGUUCAGGGUAUAUGGUCUCUUCAGUUUCUUCAUUACUUGCAGUGUAAUUGAACAAGGGAUGAUAAAUGUUUGCCCAUCAAGAAUAAUAUGGUUUUCCAAAAUUUCUGUGUGUCAGUAUUUUUGGCAUUUCACUGUGUAACAUUUAUUUGGUGAGUAAAAUCACAUUUUUAAAGGGAGCCCAGACUUGAUGUUCGAACCGGUGCAUCCAUGUUAAAGGAACAUUUCCUCAUGUUUGGGGUGCAUUAUUGGCUCUAAACUCUAAUAGGCUCUGUUUCUUGUUGAGAAAUAAUCAGUUUUAAUGUAAUAAUCAGUCAUGGUCCUUUGUGAGUUGUUGUGGCUGUGAUCAGAAAUGGAAUGUGAAACUUAAGCGGCAUUGUGGAAAGGUUGUACAGUGAACCACGGCUGUAUGUUGUAAUUCUGAAGUGGGACCCAGAAUGAGUUGAGAUAAUCCUGUGUUUCUUUUUAAUUGUACUACCUCAUGUUUCUGCACAUGUUCACCUUUUCUUUACUUAGCCAUUGUUUCAUUUUUUUUCAGCAAAGACAUUCCUAAGUUAGAGUUAUAAAUUUCAUGUCGUGUCACUGUGUGUGCAGUUUUCCUUAGAUCCUAAAUGCAUCACAUAUGUUUGGAACAAGAGCAACAGCUUUUGACUUCUGUCAGUCCUUUUGAUUGUUUUUACUGAAGCAUUGUGAGAAACGGGUUUACAUUGGUACAGACGUUUACACGGCUUUUAGCUCAACACAGGCCACAUUUGCUGGUGAUACAUUUUUUUGAACUUCUGUGAACAACAAACCUCAGUUCCUCACCUGUUUCACUAACGUUUUAAUUAUUUGAUUGUAUGGAGUAGAAAUGAUGAUCUUGAAUUAGACAUAAGCUAAUGGUGGAGCUAAGCUUGAGAUGAUCAGCUCACACGCAGUAUUUUUGUUCUUUAGACGAACUCUUAUUUCUGAGGCUUUUAUUUUACUUUAUUUUAGAGGAAUGUACUUAAAAUACUGAGAAAUUUAAGCAAACCCUCAAACUCUUCUCCCAUGUAGCUGCCUCUGGAUGGUCCUUUGGUGUUGGAAUAAUGUAUCUGUAAAUGAGUGCUGGGACUCUGUGUUUGACGAAAUGACUUAUAGGUCACUUGUUCUACAUGCAACACUCUUCUCUAUGCAACUCUGCCUCCUUGGAUAGACUGGAACAAUCCAGGCUUGGCUGGUUUUGUUUUUGCUCACUGCUUCUCAUAUAACUGGACCUGUUCAGAUGACUUGACCCUUCAUUUCAACAGAAUUUACUGUCCUUGGUUGUACAUCUUACUACACCUGUUUGCUUGAAUGAAAACAUGUUCUUUUUUUAUUGCUAAAUUUGUACAUGUCAGGGCUCUGUUUCAAUAAAGGUUGGAAAUAACGCCUAA